ACCCCAGGCCCCCCAGAGCAAGGCAGGCGCCCGGCACACACCAGGCGGCGCAAACAGGCUGGUUACAGGGAAGCACCCCGUCACUUAGGGAGCCUUUCCUAUUGGUGCAGGAACACUUUAGAAGCUGUGUUCCCGGAUACAGCCCAGCCCAGCUUGCAAGCGGGCCCUUCUAAAAGUGGCAGCCAGGGGCCCCCUACGCGGAUUCCUUGCAGCACAGCGUGAGAAUGUGUUAGUCCAGGGCGAGCUCGUGGGUCAGUGGGGGUGGGGAGGAGAGCAGUGAUUGACCUGGUUCAGUCGGUGUUGCGAUGAUCUGGAAAAAAGGAUCUAAUUCACGACGGAGGAAGAUGGAUGCUGAGAACAAAACCAACAAAACCCAAACAGGACGCUGUCUCCGAUCCCGGCAGAAGAAUAGGUUCGCACCGAGGCUUCCGUUCAGCCCCGUGGAAGAGCCAUCGUGAUAACAGACCAGCUCAUUUGAUAAACGCUACCUCGCCCACGGGGGCCCCCUGCUGGCAAAGCCAGACAGGCUUGGCAUCCUCCUUGCCGCAUCUUUGCUGUGCUAGCAUCACUUGGUCGUGGGAGGAGUGCCUGGUAGGCCUGAAGCCCCCCUCAAAGUCAUUCCUUGACGGCAGAUGGCAGGGGCCUCUUUAAGGGUGAGAGUGACAGGGAACUCGCCGCUGGGCUGGCCUCUCCUCCUUACGCAGGAGGGGAGGGUGGGGGUGGGCAGAGGAGCAAGCAGGGCCAGUGCAGGGUCAGAGCAGGACCCGGCAGGUGUGCCGUGCAUCCCCUGGGGGCCUCCUGCCUGAGGCUGGGUCCGCCCAAGGUUGAGGAAGACAAGGACCGCUUGACCGUGAGUCCCUAAGGGACUCGCCUUCUGUGCAGUAGUCACAUCUGCAACCAGCAAGGCAGAAAUCACACAGGGACAGAAUCAUCUCCAGAAAUCUCCUAGGAAGGGGGCAUGUCAUCUCCCAGGGCUGCCCCUACACAGCCAGUUUCCUUCCAGUAUUGGAGCUGGGUUUUGGUGAAACACUGGAUAAAGUCAUUGAUUUGACCUUAGUGGCCAUAUUUUCCAGAAAAUGCAUAUCUUGAAACACGCGGAGCAUGAAGGGGUGUGCCGCUGAGGGCACUGCAUGAUUUUGUCUCUAAUCUCACAUCCACUCAGAGAGCAGAAGGGCAGGUAAAAUGCCACAUGCAACAAAAUAUUUUUGUCUAGACAACUGGAUUUGUUUAAGUUAAAAUGUGAAUAUGAGAUGACUCUACUAUACUCAUUUCACCUUUGCUGGUGGUGUCACCCCCUGCUAUUCCCGGCAGCAGUGUAUCAGUCAAGAUGGGCUAGGUUCAGCUGCAGUAACAAACAUCCCCAAAUCUCAGGGGCUUGAAAGAGAACAAGUCUUGUUCUCGAUCACACUGCACAUCCAUCUCAGGUUGGCUCAGGGAGUGGGUUCCACACUCUCUUCACUGGGGAAUGCUGAGCCUUUCCCAUCUGGAAUGUUCCAUCGCAAGGGAAAGGAAGCAUAACAAAUUAGACACUGGCUCAAAAAGGCUUCUGCCCCAAAGCAGGACACGUCUCUUCCACUCACAGUUCGUUGGCCUGGGCGAGUCCUGUGUCGGGGUGAAACACCUCCCCUGCAGCACUGAAGCACGCUGCAGCCAGGCCACACCCUCCGCCAGCUUUCUGAGGGAGUCAGUUAAUUCAGUAAAUAUUGACUUUGCACCUGCUGUAUGCCAAGCACUGGCUGCUGUGGUCAUGAGGGGUCCUGGGCAGUGACCAGAGCCAGGCCGCUGCGCUCUGAGAUAUGGCCUCCUAGCAGGGACCCCGGGUCCACUGCAGCAUCAAUUCUUUGUUGCAGUGAUGGUCCCCCAAGGUUCUCAGUUCUCUUAAUCAGCUAGGGGAGUGGGGGUUCUCUGGGGGUGACUUCAACACAGCCUUUGUGGGAGCACUUCUCACCCUGUAUGUUUUUCCUGGUUUGGGCUCAGCGCGUCAUCUUCCUCAGUGGAGCUGUCCCUGUGAUGGGAGCGCCACAGCCAGCCAGAGACUAGACAGAGCCAGAAAGGACCAUCCGCAGGCCACCAGGCAGUGAGAACGUGGGGAAGGGAAAUGGUUGCUUCUGGAAUUCACAUCCGAUCCUAAAGAAACACGCCUGACUUAACCCGACAGUCCGGGCCAGCACUGGUCAAGGUCAGGAGAGCUCCGCUGGAAGCCGCACUGUGAUCGGUGAAUCUAUCCGGCCCCUCCCGCUCCCAGGUGACAAGCCAGAACCUCUGUCCAUCAAGCCCACCUUUCUGUCGAGACCUGGUGGCCCAAGAUGCAGAUUUGAAGCCGACGUGAGUCCUGUCCUGGCUGAGGCAGCUGCCCCAAUGGAUAAUGAAUGGAAUUCCAGUACCGCCAAGCAGAGAUACUCGGGGAAGGUCCACUUGUGUGUCGCCCGCUAUAGUUACAACCCCUUUGACGGACCAAAUGAGAACCCAGAGGCUGAGCUGCCCCUCACGGCGGGGAAGUACCUCUACGUCUAUGGAGACAUGGACGAGGAUGGCUUCUAUGAAGGCGAGCUCCUGGACGGGCAGAGGGGCCUGGUGCCCUCCAACUUCGUGGAUUUUGUCCAGGACGAGUCUCGACUGGCAAGCACUCUGGGGAAAGACCAGGAUCAGAACUUCAUCAACCAUGCCGGCGUCGGCUCGGACGGGGAGCGCAUCCUGGACCUCCACUCCCCGACGCACACGGACUCCGGCCCCUCCGACCACGGGGCGGGGACGCUGGACACGAACAUCGAUGACAUCGGAGAAGACAUCGUGCCUUACCCUCGGAAAAUCACCCUCAUCAAACAACUUGCCAAAAGUGUCAUUGUGGGCUGGGAGCCCCCGGCGGUGCCCCCGGGCUGGGGGACUGUGGGCACCUACAAUGUGCUGGUGGACGCAGAGACGCGCCUGAGCCUGGCGCUGGGCGGCAGGACCAAGGCCCUGGUGGAGAAGCUGGACACGGCAGCCUGCACCUACCGCAUCUCCGUGCAGUGCGCCACCAGCCGGGGCAGCUCGGACGGGCUGCGCUGCACGCUGCUGGUGGGCAAGGACGUGGUGGUGGCACCGUCCCACCUGCGUGUGGACAACAUCACGCAGGUCUCCGCCCAGCUCUCCUGGAUGCCCACCAACAGCAACUACAGCCAUGUCAUCUUCCUCAACGAGCAGGAGCUGGACGUCGUCCGGGCCACCAGCUACAAGUACCAGUUCUGCAACCUCAGGCCCAACGCGGCUUACAAAGUGAAGGUCCUGGCCAAGCCCCACCAGGUGCCCUGGCAACUGCCCCUGGAGCAGAGGGAGAGGAAGGAGGCCUUCGUGGAGUUCUCCACGCUGCCGGCAGGUCCUCCCGCCCCUCCCCAGGACAUUGCCGUCCAGGCCGCAGCCACCCCAGCCACUGUCCAGGUCUCCUGGAAGCCGCCCGCGCUGACGGCCACGGGGCUGUCCAAUGGAGCCAACGUCACCGGCUACGGCGUGUAUGCCAAAGGACAGAGGGUGGCUGAGAUCAUCUCUCCCACGGCGGACAGCACGGCCGUGGAGCUGGUGCGGCUGCGGAGCCUCGAAGCCAAGGGUGUGACCGUGCGGACCCUCUCCGCCCAGGGCGAGUCCGUAGACUCUGCCACCGCUGCCAUCCCCCCCGACCUCCUGGUGCCUCCUGCCCCUCACCUGAGAACUGCUCCCACACCGAAGCCAUUAGCAAAUGCUGGAGCCCCCGAUACCAAAGAUGAACACCUGGGUCCGCACGCCGCGGCGCAUGAGGCCUGGGAGCUCGGCCGGGCGCCUGCUCCGGCCCACGGGCACCUGCUGGAGCCGCCCGGCCUGCAGGGCUCGGGCCCGGGGCGGCGGUCGCCCUCGCCCAGCCGCAUCCUUCCGCAGCCGCAGGGCGCCCCGGUCUCCACCUCCGUCGCCAAGGCCAUGGCCCGGGAAGCCGCGCAGAGGGUGGCCGAGAGCAGCAGGCUAGAGAAAAGGAGCGUCUUCCUGGACAGGAGCAGUGGGCAGUACGCAAACUCGGACGAGGAAGACAGCUACGAGUCCCCCGACGCCAAGAGGAGGGGCGCGUCGGUGGACGAGUUUCUGAAAGGCUCGGAGCUAGGCAAGCCGCCACACUGUUGCCAUGGAGACGAGUACCACACGGAGAGCAGCCGGGGGUCCGACCUCUCGGACAUCAUGGAGGAAGACGAGGAAGAACUGUGCUCGGAGAUGCAGCUGGAGGACGUGGCCCGGAGGCGGCCCAGCGGCGCGGCCCGCAGUGCCCUCAAGGAGUGCUCUAAGAAUAGGACUACUGAACGUGCUUUCUUGGAGCUGCCCGAGUGUCCCCAACAGACCCAGCACAGUAAGAAGCUUUUCAGUAUCCCUGAAGUAGCCGAGGAGGAUGGAGAGCCCUGUGAGCUCUUGUACAAGCAGGGCUUCAGGGCCCGGACCCGGCUGGCCAGAGAGCCCAAGCCCGCCAGGCCCUGCAAGGGGCACGAGGCCCCGCUUGGCUCCCGGGUCCCUGCCAGACCCAGGGGCCCCCAGGCCGAGGACCUCGUGUUCGAAGACAGAGGCUGUCGGUUCAGCCGCUCGGCCACCAGGAGCCCGGACAGCGGCCUGGACUGUGGGAGCGAAGAGGAGGAGAUACGGUUUAGUUUCAGAAGCCCCGCUGCCCAGUGCAGCCCCGGCCCCGGGCACUGUCCCUGUAGGAGGAGCCUGAGGCCCCUGCUGGCCCGGCGCCGGACGCUGACCCGGCAGAGCAGCGUCGAAGAAGAUGUCGGGGAGCCAGCGGAGCCCGGCCAUGUCGUCAGCAGCAGUGAGGCCCGCCCGAGCCCGGAGCGGUCCACCCCCAGCAAGUGCAGCUGGGGCGAGCCCGCGGGCCAGGAGGACUUCCGGGAUGUCUGGAAGAAAAGCAUAAAAAUGUCCGACAGUAGGGCCAGUGCCCGACACGCCCAGCCUCCUCCCCGGGUUGCAGACGGUCCUUUGAUUUUAGGAAACCCGGUGACUGCUGGACGGGCUGAUCGGGUGGAUCACGUGGGCCGGAGGUUUCCCCACGGCAGUGCCAGCCGCCACAGGUCCCGGCCAAUGAUGGUCCCGUCUGCCGAUGAGUACGGUGGGCGGAACCGGCUUUCUCCAGACUUCUACGAAGAGUCGGAGACGGACCCUGGGGCGGAGGAGCUCCCACCUCGGAUCUUCGUGGCUCUUUUCGACUACGAUCCCCUCACCAUGUCCCCGAACCCAGAUGCUGCGGAAGAGGAGCUUCCCUUUAAAGAAGGGCAGAUCAUCAAGGUCUACGGCGAUAAAGACGCUGAUGGAUUCUACCGCGGGGAAACCUGCGCCCGGCUUGGCCUUAUUCCUUGUAACAUGGUCUCUGAAAUCCAGGCAGACGAUGAAGAGGUGAUGGAGCAGCUCCUCAGACAAGGCUUCCUCCCCCUGAACACACCUGUGGAGAAAAUAGAGAGAAACAGAAGGAGCAUCAGGCAGCCCUCGGUGGCGACGCGGAGGAUGGUUGCCCUGUACGACUACGACCCGAGGGAGAGCUCGCCCAACAUCGAUGUCGAGGCUGAACUUACAUUUUGCACUGGAGAUAUUAUUACUGUUUUUGGUGAAAUUGAUGAAGAUGGAUUUUAUUAUGGGGAGCUUAAUGGGCAGAAAGGCCUCGUACCCUCCAACUUCCUAGAAGAAGUACCCGAUGACGUAGAAGUCUACCUUUCUGACGCGCCGCCCCACUACCCGCAGGACACGCCGACGCGCUCGAAGACGAAAAGGGUUCCUCCUGAGGGUUCAGGUACAGCCAGGAGAGUACCAUCUCCCACAGCCCAUCUCCAUUCUGGGCCACCUACGUCAUCUAUGGGUACUGGUAGUCCUGGGAGAGGCAGGGAAAUGUCCUCGAGAAAGAAAAAGGGGCUGCUUUCCAAAGGCAAGAAACUGCUGAAAAAGCUGGGUGCAGUGAAAUGAUUCACGUGCUUCCGGACAACUUCCAAAUCUAUGUAAUUUUCUUUAAUUCCAAACUAGGGCUUUCAUGACUCAAGUACUUCCUAAAAAACCAAUCUUCUCCCCUGACACCAGUAGAGAAAUGCUCUUUGCACUACCGUCCACUUUAAACCCAGCGCCAGGACACAGAGCUGCUGGUACUCCCGCCGGGCCUCCGCGCCCAUCGCUCUUGUUAUUGCCGGGCCCUGGCGGGAGCUGGGCUGUCUCGUGAGCACACAGGGCGGCCAGUAGCUCUUUGUAGCUCACUCCCUACCUGGGGCCCCAGCCUUUGUGCAUUUGUCAUCUGCCCUUGAAGGAAUGAUUCCAACCUCGCUCCCUUUUCAGAAAUGCUUGCCUCAUGACGCAUAACUCUCACUUGAACUCUGGUCUUGAAAUUCCUAGUUUAACCGCCUUGAUGUCCUGCCUUAUACAUGCACAGUGAUCUGUACUGUCCAAUAAAAGCUACGGUGUACACGUUGUAUGUGUUGUGCAUUCAGUGCCCUCCACCCUCACAGACACAGUGCUUUGAGACCAAGUUGCACAGGCUGUGCGAUGAUAAGAUCCUGGUUUUCUGUCUUUCGAAGCAAGCCAGGCGACACACAGGAAAUGUUUACUUAUUCAAAUCAUUUAAAAAAGAGGAGAGGAAGUAACUUUGGUAAAGUACCACUACUCCAACCUGCCAAAAAGCUGGUAAUAUUCAUUGCUUUCAGUGUUACAUUUUGUGGCAUAUGGACUUACGUUCCUUUCAUUAUUUGUCAAAAUGCCAUACACAGAUAAUCAACAACAAUGAACAGCCUACACGUAAAGCAAUCCACAUAAGCCACACCGAAAACAUACUAACUUUAAGUCUGUUCAAAAUGCCUCCACACCAGUCUUCACCAUUGGCACCCGAACAACAACAACAAAGAUUUACAGAGUUGCUGGCAGAUGUAUUUGAUGGUUACUAUUUUGUAAUUCUUGUCCACUUGUAAAUUGUUUUUACUCUUUAUACAUACUUUUCAGACUGCCUUUCUUUUGUAAUUUAGGGGAGGUUUAUAAAUGAAUGAUGACGCUUUCCCCAUUGUGUCUUCAAAAACUAUAUUGUAAAUUGUAAUAUAAUAGUAUGUGGUAGAUUUAUUAAAAGGAAAUUACUCAGUGUGUGGUUAAGUUCUGUGUGGGUGUGUGCAUGUGUACAGCUAGUGUAAAAUAUUUUAUAGAAAUAAAAUUUCUUAUUUUAUACAACGCCA